AUGCAGAGCGGCGAAGGUGCCCCGUUGCCUGCUGCGAUUCCGCACGGAGCGACUGGUGGUUCCGCGUCGUCGCUGUUGUCGACACCGGAGGGUGUUGUGUGGCGCGCCGACCAGGCGCGAAGGUUGCGGCCCUCUCCUUCGCGUGCAGCGCCGGUGCCUCCGGAGUCCUCGGCGUCGUCUCGCGUCUCCGAACAUGACCGCGGUGCCUCCGGGGUAGACGCGUCCGCGCUGCACGACACAACCGUUCUUUCAGACCUCAGUGACGAGAUUCAGAGGGUUGAGGCGCGCCUGGCGGCCAUUCGGGAGGAGGAAUUGCGUUUGAUGCCCCAGCGCGUAGUCCCUGCGCUUCCGACGCGCGAGAGCGGGCGCUUUUGCUCCGUGUUGGAUCUCCAAAACGUGGACAUUGCCGCCCAUCGUUCCGCUGCAAGCAGGUGUCGCGUGAAUCCUCUGAGUGAUACGGAUGCGGAGCCAACGGAUCUUGCUGCCCCGUCUUGCAGUAAUGCACGGUACACGCCUGACGCGGACUUCACACACGUUUCAAAACGACAAUAUUAUCAAUCGCAUAGAGUAGAUUCGCCUUGGGCCGAUGUCAAUGACCCGACGAACACCACCGUGUCGGAAGGAAGGCGUCAAGUCCCUUUGGCGUCUGGGCCGGCUACGACUGGAAGCUUGCGUGAACCGUCAGUAGAGGCUUCCAAAGCUCAGUUAGAGCUGCGAGGCGCCGUUUUUUCUCUUGCAACCUUUCUUCGUCCGCUGCGCGUGGUGGACAUUGAAAUCGCUUCAGGCGUCUAUGAAAAACUAGAGUUGUUUGCAGGCGAUGAAAUGGAGGAGGUAGCACGGAGCUUUAUUACGAAGCAUGGUUUGGACAUGCAACGGGCCUUAAGACCACUUCAUGCGUUUCUGUUGUCGCUUGACUGCGGUGAAGCGCGCAACCAGGCCCAGGAGUCCGCAGCGGAAGGUGGGGCUCCUCCAGGAGGCGGCAACAGCGCCGUCGCCACCGCCCCUAACAACAUUAACCGCGCUCCUUCUUGUAGAGGCAGCUGCGGCGGGAAGCAUGGGUGCCCGACGUUCUCGAGUCAUGUGUCUGGGGCCGGGACGAACAAUGCCGCGGAUGAAAAGGCAGCACGUCCUCAGGGCCUCGAUCCUGCCCCGCGGCAUUCCCCAAGAGGCGUCUCCAUGGGAAAAACUCGGAGGAUGGCUGCUGCGCAUGGGAUUUCACAAUUCGAGAAACACGUGGCGGGUCCUACGGUGGCGCAGGGGAAGUCGGCGUUGUCAGGCCGGUCCCAGAGGAAAACGGCCAGUCCGCCGGAGCGUGAACAGCAGAGGAACACGCCAGUAACUGUUCCAAAGCGUCUAAGCGUCAUUGGCCAGAAGCAAACAAAUACGCAGUUACAAGAAUGCAGUCGCGGCGAUACUCCGUCGCGGCGCAGCAUAGAAACUGGUGCCGAGGCACUCGAGCUUUCAGUCCAAAAGAGAACUCCACCCGAGGUGAAGGCGGUGGAGGUGGAAGCCAUAAAGCCCACAAUAAGACGCACAAAUAGUGUGCCGAGGGUACGGCCCCUAAAUCGAGGUAGCGCCCUGGUGGUUUCACGACACAAUUCAACAGAACCGCGUCGAAGUCUUAGUGCCUCAAGGAGCCGCAAAACUACGCCUCUUCAAGAGGAGCCCAUGCCAGCGUUCAAACCUUCUCUUGCACCACGGAGUAGGCAAUUGGCCGCACAGGAUUUAGCACGUCGUCAGGGCCCUACGUAUGCCCGUCUGCAUGCGCACACUCCAAGGUUGUCAAAAGCCCACGCCGCUGCGGAGGCAGAAUGCGUCGUUAAGCCGAAAAUCCUUCCCCGCCAGAGGGAGGGCUUGCCUCGAGAGACAGUAGGGCAACGUCUGUACGAGCAAGCGGUGGAUCAGCAGCAUCGUAUGCAGGAAAAGCGGAUUAAAGAACAUCAACGGAAGGAGGAGGAAGAAAAACGCUCCAUCAUUCCUGGGCCGCAGAUUAACAAGGUUAGGGGACAGAAUAAGCACGAGAGGGAGUCUAUGCCAGCCAAUUCUUGUGGUUUGCGAACAUGGCCGCCGAAUCAGAGGAACCAAACCUUGAACGUUCCGAAAUCGCAUGAGGAAAGGGAAUUAGAAGCAUGCACCUUCGCCCCUGCUGUUAACCCCGCAUCGGUUCGCAUGUUCAACCUGGUUGUUCGUGGCCUGGCGUUGGGUGAGGAACCGGCGGAACGUGAAGAAAACUCUGGGGUGCAGUUGGCAGGCCGAGUGUCCGGUGGAGGUAGUGGAGCACAAACCAAUGAGAAUGUUCCCAAACAAUUUUCUGUAGAGGACCGUUUACUGCGUCAUGAACAAAAUCGUCGUAAACGGCUUGAAGAGGAGCGAUUGUUCAGAGCAACCGUAGAUGUGGCGACAGGACAACCACUCUUUCGGCCAUUCCUUGGACGUUAG